AUGGCGUCCGCCAAGCUCGUCGCGCCCAUGGUGGCAGUGUGCGCGUUGAUCGCAGUGCUGCUCGUGGCAGCCCCAUGGCAUGUGGAGAGUGCUGCGAUUGCCUCUGAAGAAGGGGAAGAAGGGCGGAAGCAGCGGUACCACUCCCGCCACCCCCGCCACUCCCCGCCAACUACCACCGGAAAGAAGGGCGGACACAAGGGCGCGGGCGCGGGCACCCCUGCCACUCCCACCCCUGAUCCCGUGCCCGCGCCAGCUACGAGCGGAAAGAAGGGCGGAAAGAAGGGCAAGAACAACGCGGGUGCGGGUGGCGGCGGGUCCGCGCCCGUGGUGGUGAGCAAGGCGGACCAGAAGAUUCAGUCUCAGCUCACGACGGCCGCGAGCGGAGUGCAGAAGGCGGCGGACACGCUGGGCGCGAAGAACACGUACUACGCGAGCCUCACCGCGACGGUGCAGGCGCUCACGAACGCGGGCAUUCUCAUCGACGAGGGGCAGCGCACGCUCGUCCAGGGGCAGAUCGCCAACGCCGUCUCCACCAUCGACGGCGUCUCCGUUAUGCUCGACCCCGUUAACGAUAAGAAGGUGCUCUCGCAGCUCGCGUCCGCUAAGGCCACCGCGGAGGCCGCUUCGAAGGCCUUCAAGCCGUAG